AUAACAUGUAAAAAAUUUGGGGCAUGGAAUCAAUCAUAAAAUUUAUCAAACCAGUCCACCCUGGUCGCUGACACCUUACUGGCGAUUUUCGUAACGCUGUACAAAUUUACUGCGAAACAGUAGCACAGGGCACCCUGCUUCGCCUUCUCCUGCUCAUCUUCUCCCUCUCUCCGGUCGUGAUCGAAGUGGAAGUCGGAGGAUAAGAGAGACGAAGAGGAGAUCGAGCUGUGAUCGGAUUUUUUUCGCUCAGUAGAAGAUCCAGUCUUGUGUGGAGACUGGUUUGAGGUCUUAGCUGUUUGCAUGGCAUCAGCAGCUGGCGCAACAGGAUGGCUGAGAGGGAGAGUAAAAGCUGUUCCUUCUGGGGAUUGCCUGGUGAUCAUGGGAAGCACGAAAGCAGAGAUCCCACCCGAAAAGACCAUAACUUUGUCUUCUCUCGUUGCUCCUAGAUUGGCCCGUCGAGGUGGAGUUGAUGAACCCUUUGCAUGGGACAGCAGGGAGUAUUUGAGGAAGCUCUGCAUAGGGAAGGAGGUCAUAUUCAAGGUGGAUUACACAGUUCCAUCAAUAGGGCGAGAGUUUGGUUCUGUUUUCCUUGGAGAUAAGAAUGUUGCAUUUUUAGUUGUUUCUGAAGGAUGGGCGAAGGUAAGGGAUCAGGGCCAACAGAAAGGUGAAGCAAGCCCAUACUUGGUGGAACUACAGCGAUUGGAGGAGCAAGCUAAGCAACAGGGUUUAGGUCGUUGGAGCAAGGUCCCUGGUGCUCUCGAGGCAUCAAUCAGAAACCUACCUCCUUCAGCCAUUGGGGAUCCUAGUAAUUUGGAUGCGAUGGGGCUGCUGGCUGCAAACAAAGGCAGACCCAUACAAGGGAUUGUUGAGCAGGUCCGUGAUGGUAGCACUGUGCGUGUCUACCUACUGCCAGGGUUCCAGUUUGUUCAAGUUUUUGUUGCAGGAAUCCAGGCUCCAUCCAUGGGAAGACGGAUUGUGAGCGAUGUCAUUCAUGAAACUGAAGCAACUACCGAUGAUGCAAAUGGAGAAGUUACUAAUGAAACUCGACCACCACUAACAUCAGCACAGAGGCUUGCUGCCUCUUCAGCAUCAUCAACUGAAGUUGCACCAGAUCCAUUUGGGAGGGAAGCCAAACACUUCACAGAAAUUCGUGCUUUGAAUAGAGAUGUACGAAUUGUACUAGAGGGUGUAGACAAGUUCAGCAACCUAAUUGGUUCAGUAUAUUAUCCUGAUGGUGACACUGCAAAGGACCUCGCUCUGGAGCUUGUGCAAAAUGGUUUAGCUAAAUUUGUGGAAUGGAGUGCUAACAUGAUGGAGGAUGAUGCCAAACGGAAGCUGAAGGCUGCUGAACUGCAAGCAAAAAAGGAUCGCUUGAGAAUCUGGACGAACUAUGUGCCACCAGUAUCAAAUUCAAAGGCAAUCCAUGAUCUAAACUUCACAGGAAAAGUGGUAGAGGUUGUGAGUGGGGACUGUGUAAUUGUUGCUGAUGAUGCUGUCACCUAUGGCAGUCCUUCAGCUGAGCGACGAGUCAAUCUUUCAAGCAUCAGAGCUCCUAGGAUGGGGAAUCCUCGUCGAGAUGAAAAGCCAGCACCCUAUGCUCGUGAGGCUAGGGAAUUCUUACGUUCUCGUCUCAUAGGCCGCCCGGUGAAUGUGUCAAUGGAAUACUCAAGGAAGGUCAACCUGGCUGAUGGACCCAAUGCAGUAACAGUAUCUGGCUCGGCAGAUUCUAGAGUUAUGGAUUUUGGGUCGGUCUUCCUUGUCUCUCCAUCAACGGCUGAGGGUGAUGAUAGUGCUUCUGCUCCCUCUUCUGGCAAACAAUCAGCAGGAAUAAAUGUUGCUGAGAUGGUUGUUUCACGUGGUUUUGCCACUGUCAUCAGACACCGAGAUUUUGAGGAAAGGUCAAACUAUUAUGAUGCUCUGCUGGCGGCUGAAUCUCGUGCUAUUAAUGGAAAGAAAGGAAUUCAUUCUGCCAAGGAUCCCCCAGUGAUGCACAUAACAGACCUGACCACGGCUUCAGCUAAGAAAGCUAGAGAUUUCUUGCCAUUUCUGCAACGAAGUGGAAGGCUUACUGCUGUUGUUGAAUAUGUCCUCAGUGGUCACCGAUUUAAACUCCUUAUACCUAAGGAAACGUGUAGCAUUGCGUUCUCCUUUUCUGGUGUUCGGUGCCCUGGACGAGAUGAGCCUUUUUCAGAUGAAGCUAUUGCAUUGAUGAGGAGGAAGAUAUUGCAGCGUGAUGUUGAGAUAGAGAUAGAAACAGUUGAUAGGACAGGCACAUUCUUAGGUUCCUUAUGGGAGUCCAGGACCAAUAUGGCUGCGACUCUUCUGGAAGCUGGACUGGCAAAGCUCCAAACUUCUUUUGGUUCUGACAGGAUCCCAGAAGCAUCCCUCCUUGCUCGGUCUGAGCAGUCUGCAAAGCAACGGAAGCUGAAAAUAUGGGAGAACUUUAUUGAAGGACAAGAAGAUGCUAAUUAUUCCACUUCUGAAGCAAAACAGAAGGAAGUUCUCAAGGUGGUGGUUACAGAAGUCCUGGGUGGUGGAAAAUUCUAUGUCCAAACUGUCAGUGAUCAGAAGGUUGCUGCUAUACAGCAACAACUUGGUUCAUUGAAUCUCCAAGAACCUCCAGUGGUUGGUUCUUUUAAUCCUGUGAAGGGUGACAUCGUUCUUGCUCAGUUCAGCAUGGACAACUCCUGGAACAGAGCUAUGAUAGUCAAUGGACCGCGGGCAACUGUUGAAUCACCAAAGGACAGGUUUGAAGUCUUCUACAUUGACUAUGGAAACCAAGAAAUGGUUCCAUAUAGUGGCUUGCGACCUCUAGAUCCUGCAGUCUCCUCAGCACCUGGUUUGGCUCAGCUGUGCAGCCUUGCAUACAUAAAAGUCCCUAAUUUAGAGGGGGAUUUUGGUCAGGAAGCUGCAGAGUAUUUGAGUGAGUGCACUCUGAACAGUUCGAAGGAAUUCAGGGCUAUGGUCGAGGAAAGAGAUACUUCAGGUGGAAAAAUAAGAGGACAAGGAACAGGAACAAUUCUUCUUGUGACUUUGGUUGACGUGGAAGCUGGGUCCAGUAUCAAUGCUGCCAUGCUGCAGGAAGGACUUGCUAGACUGGAAAGAAGGAAGAGAUGGGACACCAAGGAAAGACAAGCUGCUCUUGACAACCUAGAGGAGUUCCAAGAUAAAGCAAAACGUGAGAGGCUGAGGAUGUGGCAGUAUGGGGAUGUCCAAUCUGAUGAUGAAGAGUCAGCUCCACCUCCAAGGAAAGCUGGAGGCCGUCGGUAGAUAGAGGUCACCAUAGCAGUGUCGUGGUAAGGUACUAGGUUCAGAGAUAGCGGGAAUUUUGGUAGUUAGUAUUUACUGGGAGGGCUACUUUUUCUUCUAGGUGUUUUAACCCUGUUUCCCUUUCAAACACGUCGUUUUUUCCAUCUUUGAAUAAGGCAAUCCCCAUAUUAUAAUGUAUCUCCUGUUGGAGAUUGCAGACAGUCUUCAUAAUUUAUGAACUCUUACAUGCACCGUUGGAUUUACUGAAGUUUGAAAGUUAUAGCACCUGAAAUCAAUUGAUAGAA